AUUUCUUAUUAUUUUUCAUUUCUGGAGAGGAGGGGGGAGAAAGCAGGAGCCUGUGGCAGCGGCGCUGAGGAGAGGAAGAGGAGGAGUGAGGUGUGUGUGUGUGGGGGAAAGCCCUUUUUAAUUCAUUUUCGAGCCAAACCCUGCGUUUGGAGCCUUUGCAGGCAGCCGGACUUGCGGCGGUGGUGCCGGUGGUGCUGUGGGUGGUGGUUGUGCGUGCGGGGUGUUCCCCCCUCCCCUUCCCUCCCCUCAGUGAGCGGGGAGAGCAGCCGCGGGGAUCCCGCCCGGGCAGCCCCGUCCCCGCGCUGAGGGACGGCCGGGGAAGCUGCUGUUGUUUUGUAAUAAGAUUGCCUUGGGUCGCACCCCCCAUUCUCCUCCUCCUCCUUUUCCCUUUUCCCUCCGCGGCCCUCCCAGUUUUUUUGUGUCUCUCCGUGUGUGUGUUUGAAAAUGGAGGUGGAAGAUGCAGACUGCCAGCCCCGAUGUGCCUCAUGUUCGCGGCUCCCGUGCACCACGUACCGCUGCCGCCAGCGCUGAGGGAAGACGGCGGCGCCCCCCGCCCGCCGACACGGAGCCCGCCCCGGAGACAGCGUCGCCCCGGGGCUUUUCAUGCCUUGUUGUUGUUGUUGUUGUUGCCGUUAAUACAUCUUGAAUAUCGGGUGUAUUUUUGGUGUGGUUGCUCCGGAAGAUCAACACCCAGGGACCUCAGAAACCCCUCCGGUUCUACCAGUCCGAAGGGGCUUGUGUUUUUUCUUCGUUUCUUGGAGGCAACGUGGAUUUAUUUAUCCAGACCCGUUUACUCGUCCGCCUUUUUUUUGCCUCCUUCGGUAUUUUUAGAGGACGGGGAGAGAGAGAGAGAGGAAAACGGACAAUUUUGGACUCUUUUUGUCGUUGUUUUUGUUUUCGGAAAGGGGGAUUUUGUCCAAUUAAAGAAAGAGGAAUGAAGUCUGGCGCUGGAGGAGGGUCCCUCGCCGUCGUCUGGGGGUUUCUGCUCGUCUUCGCCGCACUUUGUCUGUGGCCAACAAAUGGGGAAAUUUGUGGGCCAAAUGUUGACAUUCGCAAUGACAUCCAUGAGCUGAAACGCCUGGAGAACUGUACGGUGAUCGAGGGUUUCCUGCAGAUUCUGCUCAUUUCGAAAGCAGAGGAUUACCGCAACUUCCGCUUCCCAAAGCUCACUGUCAUAACUGACUACUUGCUGCUGUUCCGUGUGGCAGGCUUGGAAAGCCUCAGUGAUCUCUUCCCCAACCUCACAGUCAUUCGUGGGAGGAACCUCUUCUACAACUAUGCCUUGGUUAUCUUUGAAAUGACCAAUCUUAAAGAGAUUGGGCUUUACAACUUGAGGAACAUAACCCGCGGGGCCAUACGGAUUGAGAAGAACUCUGACCUGUGUUACCUCUCCACGGUGGACUGGUCUCUCAUCCUAGAUGCGGUGUCCAAUAACUACAUCGUUGGGAAUAAACCUCCAAAGGAAUGUGGGGACUUGUGUCCAGGAACAAUGGAAGAGAAGCCAUUGUGUGAGAAGACAUCUAUUAACAACGAGUACAACUACCGCUGCUGGACCACCAACCACUGCCAGAAAAUGUGCCCCAGCUCAUGUGGCAGGCGAGCCUGUACAGACCAAAAUGAGUGUUGCCACCCCGAGUGCCUGGGGAGCUGCACGGCGCCCGACAACAACACAGCAUGUGUGGCCUGCCGCAACUACUACUACGAGGGAGUCUGCAUGCCCACCUGCCCUCCCAACACCUACAAGUUUGAGGGCUGGCGCUGCGUGACCAAAGAGUUCUGCUCCAAAGUCCCUGCCACCGAAACAAGUGAAUACGAGAGGUUUGUGAUUCACAACGACGAGUGCAUGGCAGAGUGUCCCUCUGGAUUCAUACGCAACGGGAGCCAAAGCAUGUUCUGCAGCCCUUGUGAGGGGCCUUGCCCCAAGAUCUGUGAGGAUGGGAAAACAAAGACCAUAGACUCCGUCACAUCGGCACAAAUGCUGCAGGGAUGCACGAUUCUCAAGGGAAAUCUGCUGAUCAACAUCCGUCGUGGAAGUAACAUCGCCUCAGAACUGGAGAAUUUCAUGGGUCUCAUUGAGACAGUAACGGGGUACGUGAAGAUUCGUCAUUCCCAUGCAUUGGUCUCCCUGUCUUUCCUGAAGAACCUGCGGUACAUUCUGGGAGAGGAACAGGUGGAUGGGAAUUAUUCCUUCUACGUGCUUGACAACCACAAUCUCCAGCAGCUGUGGGACUGGAACCAUCAUAACUUGACGAUCAAGGAGGGGAAGAUGUACUUUGCAUUUAAUCCUAAACUGUGUGUUUCUGAGAUUUACCGUAUGGAGGAAGUUUCAGGAACCAAGGGGCGGCAGAGCAAAGGAGACAUAAAUCCAAGGAACAAUGGGGAAAGAGCCUCUUGUGAAAGCCACAUUCUGCGUUUUGUUUCCAACACUACACUCAAGAAUCGGAUUAAACUAACAUGGGAACGGUAUCGCCCUCCAGAUUAUAGAGAUCUCAUUAGCUUCACUGUUUACUACAAAGAAGCACCAUUCAAAAAUGUGACAGAGUACGAUGGGCAAGAUGCUUGUGGCUCCAAUAGCUGGAACAUGGUUGAUGUUGACCUGCCACCGAACAAAGAGAACAAUCCUGGAAUUCUCCUGCAGGGACUGAAACCUUGGACUCAAUAUGCCAUUUAUGUCAAGGCUGUUACACUCACAAUGAUGGAAAACCAUCACAUUCAUGGAGCAAAAAGUGAAAUUGUAUAUAUCCGAACCAAUGCUGCAGUGCCAUCCAUUCCCUUAGAUGUUAUUUCAGCAUCCAAUUCCUCAUCCCAGCUGAUUGUGAAAUGGAAUCCUCCCUCUCUUCCUAAUGGCAACCUCUCGUACUACAUCGUACGAUGGCAGCAGCAACCUCAGGACAGUUAUCUUUACAGACACAAUUACUGCUCCAAAGAUAAAGUCCCAAUUCGAAGAUAUGCUGACGGGACCAUUGAUACAGAAGAAGCUACUGAACCCACCAAGCCAGAGGGCUGUGGGGGAGAAAAAGGACCUUGUUGUGCUUGUCCCAAGACAGAGGCAGAAAAGCAAGCUGAGAAGGAGGAAGCAGAGUACCGCAAAGUCUUUGAGAACUUCCUUCACAACUCCAUCUUUGUCCCCAGACCCGAUCGGAAGCGAAGGGACGUGUUCCGAAUUGCAAAUGCCACUUUGGCCACUCGGAACAGGAACGCAACUGGGCCAGAUCACUUCGCCAAUGUUUCUGAUGCAGAGGAGAGCGAGGUGGAAUACCCCUUCUUUGAGACCAAAGUGGAUGGCAAGGAGAGAACUGUCAUCUCCCAUCUCCAGCCUUUUACUCUUUACCGCAUUGAUAUUCACAGCUGCAACCAUGAAGCUGACACACUUGGUUGUAGCGCUUCCAACUUUGUCUUUGCAAGAACCAUGCCUUCAGAGGGAGCAGAUAACAUUCCAGGAACGGUAGCAUGGGAAGCAAAAGAAGAAAAUACCGUCUACCUGAAGUGGUUGGAGCCUGCAAACCCCAAUGGGCUGAUACUGAUGUAUGAAAUCAAGUAUGGGCAGCAUGGAGAGGAGAAGCGGGAAUGUGUUUCCAGGCAGGAAUACAAGAAGCUUGGAGGAGCUAAACUAACCCACCUGAACCCUGGAAACUAUUCUGCUAGAGUCCAGGCCACUUCGUUAGCUGGAAAUGGGUCAUGGACUGAGCCAGUCUCUUUCUAUGUGCAACCCAAAUCAGCAAACUAUGGGAACUUCCUGCACUUGAUAAUUGCGCUCCCUAUUGCUUUCCUGCUCAUCAUCGGGGGAUUGCUGAUAAUGCUGUACGUCUUUAACAAAAAGAGGAACAGUGACAGGCUGGGCAAUGGAGUGCUGUACGCUUCUGUGAACCCUGAGUACUUCAGUGCUUCAGAUGUGUAUGUUCCAGAUGAAUGGGAGGUGCCCCGUGAGAAGAUCACCAUGUGUCGGGAGCUUGGGCAAGGCUCCUUUGGAAUGGUGUAUGAGGGAAUAGCCAAGGGAGUGGUGAAGGAUGAGCCAGAGACCAGGGUGGCCAUCAAGACUGUCAAUGAGUCUGCAAGUAUGCGUGAGAGGAUAGAGUUCUUAAACGAGGCCUCGGUGAUGAAGGAGUUCAAUUGUCACCAUGUGGUUCGGCUGCUUGGUGUUGUUUCUCAGGGCCAGCCUACACUGGUUAUCAUGGAGCUGAUGACACGUGGGGACCUCAAAAGUUACCUGAGAUCUUUGAGGCCAGAUACAGAGAACAAUCCUGGCCAGGCCCCUCCCACUCUGAAGAAGAUGAUUCAGAUGGCAGGAGAGAUUGCUGAUGGGAUGGCAUACCUCAACGCCAACAAAUUCGUUCACAGAGACCUUGCUGCGAGAAACUGCAUGGUGGCAGAAGACUUCACAGUGAAGAUUGGAGAUUUUGGCAUGACAAGAGAUAUCUACGAGACAGAUUAUUACCGUAAAGGAGGGAAAGGUUUGCUGCCUGUCCGCUGGAUGUCCCCAGAAUCACUGAAAGAUGGAGUCUUCACCACGCACUCCGAUGUCUGGUCUUUCGGUGUUGUGCUGUGGGAGAUCGCAACGUUAGCGGAGCAGCCCUACCAAGGCAUGACCAAUGAACAAGUGCUCCGCUUUGUGAUGGAAGGAGGCCUGCUGGAAAAACCAGACAACUGUCCUGAUAUGCUGUUUGAACUGAUGCGCAUGUGCUGGCAGUACAACCCCAAAAUGAGGCCCUCCUUCCUGGAAAUCAUCGGUAGCAUUAAAGAUGAGCUGGACCCAGCGUUCAAAGAGGUCUCCUUCUUCUACAGUGAAGAGAACAAGCCUCCAGACACAGAGGAGCUUGAUCUGGAGACUGAAAACAUGGAGAGCAUUCCUUUAGAUCCCUCCUCCACCCUCCAACCCACUGACAAGCACUCAGGACACAAAGCCGAGAACGGCCCAGGCGUGGUGGUGCUUCGGGCCAGCUUCGAGGAGCGACAGCCGUACGCACACAUGAAUGGGGGACGCAAGAACGAGAGGGCCUUACCGCUGCCCCAGUCGUCGGCCUGCUGAUCCUUCCCAGCCAGAGUCUCACAACGCGGAGCAACACCUGCAUUGGGGGAAGAAAGAAAGAAAGGAAAUCACAAUGUGUUCAAACAGCCUACUGUACCUCAGUGGAUCUUCAGAACUGCCGUAGCUGCACUUGGGAGAACCCUUUUUCCAGUCAAACAAGUUGUCGUGUUUUUCUGUUCCCGAUACGCAAGCAGAUGUUUGUUUCAGUCCAGGACUCCAGUCAUGGGGCGCACAGUUGGCCUUUUAAAACUGAUGUUAACACUUCAUAGCGACAGAAAACUUGAGAUCUGAUGUCUCUCUCUCUAUCCUUUCUCUCUCUUCUUUCUGUCUCUCUCUGCUUCAUAAUGGGAAACAUAUCUGCGUGCAAGUCCAACCAUAGAGCACUUUGAUCAGAUCAAAGAUAGCGCAGGCCGGGGGGGCUCGGGGACCCUCCAAGCACCUGCCUGACACCGUAGGUCUUUAUAGAAUAAAACCCGACAAAACCCCCCACAAAAAGAAAACUCAGCUGACAAAAAGACUGGAUUUUUAACGUUGCUCUUUAACCUUUUUAGGAACACGUCAGAGAAUCAAAAGGGCCCUCAUUCGUCCAAGGUUGUUCCCAUUUCCAACGCUGCCAAAUUUUGCCAAAAAAAUAACCCGAACUCUCUUGGUUUUUUUGGUUUUUUGGGGGUUUUGGUUUGUUUCUGUUUCGUAGGCAUGAAGGAGCACGGUAACCGACUGCUCUGAACCAGAUCCUGACCAAUACGUUCUGUUCAAUCAUACACUGGUAUUUAAAACAAAUAGAUAACAAAAAGUAAUGAAAUUGUCGAGCUCUUUGUUUGAAAACUGGACAAAAUGUGAUUAUUUCCUUUUCUUGUGAUGGAGAAGAUAAAAGGGAUGGGGUAGAGAAACAACCCCCUUCCCCUCGCCCCUAUCCCCCCCCACCGUGCCCCCAUCCCGCUCAAUUCUGGACAAAACUGGCAGUGAUGAGCUAAACCGACGCGUGCGCUUCGUACACACCAAAAGGCAAGUGCACACCAACACCGAACCAGGAGGAGCCUGCAAGGAAGAGGCUGAGGUCUCCAGCAGGGCACCUGCCCUCCCUCCACACAGGCUCGCAGCAAACGCCGAUUGGAGAAGACACAAAACAGCAGGAACCGGAUUCAAGUACAUGAUGCUUUGUUGACCUUUUUCUCUUUAUUAUUAAGACUUCUCGAAGGGUCUUGCAGUUCUAUGUUAGACCAUGGAUCAUUUGCAUACACAUUGUCUUUUGUGUCACUUUUAUAACUUUUUUACGGUUCAGAUACUCAUCUAUAUGUCUGUACAGAAAAAAGCUGCUAUUUUUUUUGUUCUUUAUCUUUGUGGAUUUAAUCUAUGAGAACCUUCAGGUCUGCCCUCCUUUCCCUCCCCUCCCACUUCAACAGAUUUUCUUAUGCUUUGUACUAUAGUGUGUAACUCUUUACUUCCUCCUUCCCAGUAACUGAUACCUUUCAUAUGAUUUGCCAUGAACUGUUCAAUGCCUUUUUAUAAAUACAUUUCCUCCUCUUUUUUUUUCCUUUUUUUUUCUUUUUUUUUGGAUUAUUUUGAUUUUUCUCUCCUCUCCAUUGGUUGUUUUACACCAUCUUGGCUGCGUGGGCUUUUGAGGGGGACAUGGAGAAAGAAGGGGGACACCCUGCACGGAAACCACUCGAGCAGUGCUGUGGUGUGUUGAGAUCCCGUUUUUUUCCUUCCUUCCCACUCUCUCUGCCCAGGCAGCGUGCGAGGCUCUUACAGUGCAAGGCAUGAUACAAACUCAGGUCAGAAAAAACAAAAAGGUUAAAUAUUUAGUACAUUCUUGUUCAGUGUUUAUAGUCAUUGUUGUACAAGGGUCCUUCCCCUCCUUCCCUCCCCGCUUGUUUUGGUUGCGGCACACAUCCACCCGCCAUCCCCACACACACUCCCCCCACACAGACACACAUAUGUAUGUGCUUUGGUUUGUAUUUGUUGGGUACAACAGCAGACACCAGGCUUUUGGGUCACUGGUUUUUGGGUCACUGGUCACUGGCACCCUUCUGCCCCGUCAGUAAGAGCUGGCCCAGUUGCAGCUGGCAGUGCCAGGUAGCCUUAGGGUGGCCACUGAAGCUCCAGCAACCCUCAGCUCUUCACUUGCCUGAUGAGGAAGCCCUCGUGGAGGGCACCAGGGCUGCAUUUUACACCCUGGGGAAGAGAAAUAACACCAAAACCAACUAGAACCCAGCAGGCCGUUCUAUGGGGCUGGGUGGCCAGAGUGCAGCUGGGGCCAGUGGCGUGGCUAGCAAAACAGUUCAAUGUUGGCUGCUAUGGAAACCUGUGCAAGUACAAGCUUGUUGCUUAAAUCAUAGACCAAACCUCAGAACAAAGGAAAACAAGUAAGCUUGUUUGUUCAGUUGUAGAAGCCGUGGUGACAGGGGAAGGAGGGGGCCGCCAGAAGGUCUGCAACCACCGAAUGAUACCAGUUAACGUUAGUUACAGCAUCUAAGCCUUUGUUUAGCACUGAUCCAACCAAACGAUGGCAGUGAAGAGGUGGUUCUGGGAUGGAAACGCUUCAAUCUUUUGAGUAAGAACAAAGAAUUCAAGUAGACUGAUUGCUAGUUUUGACUGGAGAUUUGAAAAAGUUUGUAGUGCUUUUUGCUUGUGUAGUUUAGGUCCCAUUAUCUUCUCUUGCCUCUGUCCCAUAGUUAUUUUUCCCUUUUAAAAACGAAAAAGACAAAAAAGUUAAUUAAGAAGGUAUUCUAUGUAGGAUUUUUUAUUUAUUUUUGUGAUAUCAGUUUAAAUCACUGUAGAGAUGCCCCAUAAUAAAUCUAAAUACUGAGAUAAGGGUUUUUGAGUAUGACAGGGGGACAGGUUUUGAUUUUUUUCAAACAUUUAUCUACCUCACUCUUAUUUUUUUAUAUGUGUGUAUAUAAAAAAGAAUACAUCUCACAUGUCUCAGCAGCCAAUAAAUGCCGUUGAUACUGGUAACCUCUCACUCCAUAUACCACAUGCUCUAGGUUCUGGAGGGGAACAGUCACUGCUUGUCACAAAGGGUCACUUCUGAACAUCUGCCUCCAUUCCAAGGAGUUUUUUGGCUCACAUUCAUUACUGUGAGGGGGAAUCCCAGGGCUGUCUGCCUUAGGGGACCAUUCCUGAAGGAAACUUGAGGGCUUUUUAGUUUGCCCUCCUGGCAGUCCUCAGAUCAGGAACAAAAUGCUGCGUGGUUUGAUGAGCAGAGACACAGCUGACCUGCUAUGAGGACUUCAAAUUACGAGUAUUUGAUGAAGUCUAUCACAGAAAUGGGUUGAUGACAAUGUCAGAAGGCCCAGAAUUACUGUAGAGUGAAGGGAAUGGUCGUGUUUGUCCUUCAGAAUGGGCUCAGUCCUGCUGAAUUUCCCUCAGAUGCCACAAGCACCAAAAAGAUACUUGGCUGAAUCAGCACCUAAAAAUGAAUUGGCUCUUACAGCAACAGCAUUGCUGGCUUGACCAAAAAACCUGCCCCAGGCUGCCUGGUGAUAACUGCUACAUCGAGUUUACAGCUUCGGAUCUUUGCUGCUUCUGUUUGAUAAGAGAGCACUGAUGAUUUUUUUCCUGAAACUAACAUUGAAUUGAUGUCUUUUAACGUGCCAGUAAACACUCAGUUCCCUUUUCUUCCCCUGUUUAUAUGCUUCAGAUAACUGUGGAUUCUGAUGGACCAGCCAUCAAACUUUAACCACCCUCUGACAGCGUGUCACUGGUUUACAAGCACACAGGACUAACACGAGCUUGCCAUCAACUUGAUGUAUAAUGUUUCUCUUUUUCCAGCUCAGGCAGCUGUUGGUGCAGGUGUUGGUUGUGGUAUCUAAAUAAUGUGGUGCUUGGCUACUACGAGUUGUACCCAGCCUUGUGUAAGUACAUAGCGCUGUGGUUAAGUACUGCAGAGUUGGCCUUUGCAGGGAGCGUUUCUAGCCCUAAGAGACCAGCCAGAUUUAAUGGGUUUACUAGGUUGGGGCUGGUUUUCCAUUUCUUGGGAGGCUCCCGUGACCUUUUGGUGCAGUGGCUGUUCCCCUCUCUUGCACAUAUUUGAUUACCACAACUGGAGAUCCUCAGAUCUUUCAGCUGGCUAGGAGGGUUUUGUUAAAACUGUCCAAGUUCCUGGUUUUUGUAAUUGUAUGUAGGUGGUUUAAAGAUGCAUUAGGAAGCAACACUAACGACGUAGCACCCAUCACAAUGAGCAUUUCCAAAAGCACUGCAGUAGAAGACAGUCGCGCGACAUCACGUCCACACGCGUGAUGACAGUCAGCUCUCCUGGACCAAACCACCUUCAUGAUACCAUUGCGUUCUGUGUUUGCAGUUCAAGCUUAAUUCCUUUUUUGUUCUGUUUGUUUCCAUAGCUUAUUUUUGUUGUUGUUGUGUUUUGUGCGUUUUGAAUAGCUUUAUUCACAUGGGUUUUUCAUGCAGACUUCCCUUGGACAGUAAAUCAAGUUGUUUGUGCAUGUGAACAACUGAGAAUUAAUGUUGGCUUGGUAGAGUCAUAAUACGGUUUGUAAUGUUGUUCUUCCCUGAGACCACUGGCUUGUCUGGUAUGGAAAAUUUAUUUAGAACUUCAGCUAUGUUUGAAUAAAGUGAAAGUAAUCCAGUUUGUUUAUAAAUUGCAAACAAAAGCCCACCCAGCCCUGAAAACCAGCAUUUGACAGACGGCACCAAGAUGUUUUCACACAGUAGGGUAACGCACUGGUGUUGCUGCAGAGAGCAGGGCCUCCGAGUGUGGUGCUUGGCUGUUGUGCUCCCCUGACUCGCAUUUAACAGCUGCUCGGUGGCACAGAAGGUGGUUUGGUUGCAAAGGAACGUGAACACAAAGUGUCAGCUGCGUGGUACUCAAUAAGAUGCUCUCUCAGGGGAGUGAUAAAGCAGCCACGGAAGCCAAGCGUGAUGGGAAGCGCAAGGCUGGCCGGUGUGCACCGAGUCUUUCCCAGCGCGAUGCCUCUGCUCGUUGAUGCUGGUUCAAAGCGAUGUAUGGCUCUAGGGGUGUGCACACUGAUGAUGCUCCUCUUGGGCUUGAAAGACAAAGGCAUGAAAGCCCAGUUUGCCCAGGACAACUGGUCACCAGGUGGGACUGCUCUCAGGUCCUCUGGGAACUGCUGAGGGGUGUUGGGCACGAUCAGAGUCUAAGUGAACAACACUCCUAUUGUUGGUAUAACUCCAUACAUAUAUAUCUAUAUAUACAUAUAUAUAUCUGCAUAUGUAUAUCUAUAUUAUAGAUAUAUAUCUUUUUAAACCCUUUUCAUUCCAUUAGUACAAGUAACACUUGUUUUCUGUUAUUCUUAUUUUGUUUGUCAACCAUGUAUUUAAUCACUGGGCUGAACAACAGCGGAGGAAGGUGCAAGGGAUCCACUCCUUACUAACCAGUGAUAAAAGCCAGAUAUUGCAACUUAACCCACAAGUAGUUGUGCAGACAAGGAUUUGAGAAUGAUGUGUAGAAACAACACUAGUGGCCAGGGGUGCUGAAGAUACAGAACUAUAAAUAGGCAGGAGGGCUUCAAAGGAUGCCUUGGUUCAGAGAUGAACAGCCUCUGCAAUUGAUCACAGCCAGGUAGAUCAGAACCGAGAGGCAUGGAAGCAGGAUGUGGUAAUGGGUAUUUACAAAGACACAGGGCUUGGCAGAAGUUUGAGGUGGCUUCCUGAGCUUCAUCUGUGGGACAGCAUUGGAGCUCAGGUAUCACAAUUCUGAUCAUUGGUACUUGUAACUAAACCGCUGGACUUCCCAUCUGGAAGGGUAAAUUGAUUGCCAGGAGUUUAAUAGUUGGUGGUGUCAUCAGUCUGUAUGAAUCUGUAGAGUUGGUCUGUUCUGCAAGUACCUGAAGACUAUCACUAGCUGUGUGUGUGCCUAUGCGUGCGUGCUCAUCUUUUCUCUUGUGUUCUGUUGAUUAGUAAUCCAUUAGCAUUUUCAAUAGGGCUUCAAGUCCAGUAGAUUACGGGUAGUCAGUUGACGAAGAUCUGGUUUACAAGAACUAAUUCAAUGUUUCAUUGCAUUUUGUAAGUACAUAGAAUAAUUUUAUAAAAUGUUUGUAGUUUAUAAAUGCCUAAACUAUAAUUUAAGGGCACUUUCCUGUGUCUGUGUAUGAGUGUGUCUGUCUGUGAUCAGUUGUUUCUCAUGGUACCAGUUUACUAGCUAGCUUUACGAUAUGCCAAAAAGGAUCCCGAACUUGUCCAAUCUGUGGCUUGUCCCUCUUCCCACCCGCCCAAGCUUUGUGUCCCAGUAUACAGCGAAUGAAUAAAGGAGUUGGAGAAAUGUUCUGUAUCUUCAGUAUCCUGGUCUUCCAGAGCCCUCUGGUUGGGGUGGGAUCAUCUUAGCUGGUCAUUUCACGUUACUGUCUAGGGCAGUUGGCUUAAUGGAUUACAGGAACCUCACUGGUUGGGGAAACAGAAUGGGUUUUGCUGCUACCCAGGCUGAUGUGUGCAGUGCAGGACCAGCCUUGCAGUGGCCACAUGGUCUGAAGGUUGCCACUAUGGAAGAGAGAGAGGGAAGGUGGUUUUUGUAAUUGCUAUUGAAGAACUGUGCUGAUUUCUUACCACUCUGAAAGCUUGUGCGCAGCCUCUGAAGCUGUUGAGCACCAUUUGGAGCUGUGUUGAAACGAGCAAGGCAGGGUCCCUAUUUAUUGUUAUUUAAGAGUACUGAUGAUCCCUUCACCCUUGCCCCCCGGAGCUGCCUGACCGCAUUGCCGAAGGGUUCCCAUGAGCUAGAUACUGUUCAGAACUCAGCUCUUCUGUUUGCUGAACCAGUGAGGUUUGAGAUGAAAAGGAUUGGCCAGAGUUUCUCUACCUCUGGGACAAAAACAAAACUAGAAAGUGCUAAGGAAUGGAUGCAGUUGCAAAUACAUUUUCCAGUCUUUUCUUGUUUAAAUUUUUUUAAGAGAAAAUGAAACAAUACCAUGGCCAAUUUAUUACAGAAAAAGACUUGCUGUGUAUAAAUUAUUCCUAAAGAAAUUCCUGUGUUUAUAUUAAAAUGAAUCAGUAGAGAAAAAAAAAAUUCAAAAUGUUUUUGUAUAUUCUGUUGUAAGAAUUUAUUCCUGUUAUUGCGAUAUACUCGGGAUUCUUUACAUUAUGAAAAGAAGAAACUUUGUCUAUUUUGAAUGGCUGAAGCUAAGGCUCCUUUAGUUUCUCUUACUCUGCUUUUUUCUAGUAGUUUCAGUACUACAUGAUUUAAGUUAAAUAAAAGAAUUCUGUAUGCA